UCCGAUUGUUGAUGAAUUUCCUCUGACGCUCGCAUAUGUCAAACAUUAAAUAGGGGUGCUACCGUAACGCUGCCGAAAACGUUUUCGUCAAAUGAAAACAAAUUUUUUUUGCCGGUUUACAAAUCAAACGUCUUCUCUUUAAAGAAAAACAAACAAAAUGAAAUUAGUAAGAUUUCUGAUGAAGCUUAGCCACGAAACUGUGACUAUUGAAUUAAAAAAUGGAACUCAAAUCCAUGGAACUAUUACUGGUGUGGAUGUAGCCAUGAACACUCAUCUCAAAAGUGUCAGAAUGACUAUAAGAAACAGAGAUCCAGUGCACUUGGAAUCUCUAAGCAUUCGUGGUAACAAUGUACGCUACUUCAUAUUACCGGAUAGCUUGCCAUUAGAAACGCUGCUCAUUGAUGACACCCCGAAAUCCAAGACCAAAAAAAAGGAAAGCGGACGUGUUGGAAAUCGCGGAAGGGGAAGAGGAGCUCGUGGACGUGGUGGAGCUCGGGGACGCGGACGAGGCAGAGCAUCAGGCAGACGUUAAUUGUAUCCAUAACUAAUAAAAUUAAAGUAUAUAA